UCGCCGGGGUCGGGAGGCGCCGGAAGCACCGGGAGCCGCCACAUGGCGCAGGCGGGGAGCGCCCACCGUGGGGUCGGUGGGCAGCGGAGCGCGGGCGCGGCCUCGGGGUGCGCUCUUUGGCGCUGGGCCCUGGCGCUGCUCUGGCUGCCGACAGCCGCGGCCGACCCCUCCCGGCGCCAGUGGCCGGUGCCCUACAAACGCUUUUCCUUCCGUCCAGAACCAGAUCCUUAUUGUCAAGCUAAAUACACAUUCUGUCCAACUGGCUCACCUAUCCCAGUUAUGAAAGGUGAUGAUGUUAUUGAAGUCUUUCGGUUACAAGCCCCAGUAUGGGAAUUUAAAUAUGGGAACCUCCUGGGACACUUGAAAAUUAUGCAUGAUGCCAUUGGAUUCAAGAGUACUUUAACUGGCAAGAACUACACAAUGGAAUGGUAUGAACUUUUCCAACUUGGAAACUGUACAUUUCCCCAUCUCCGACCUGAAAUGAACGCCCCUUUCUGGUGUAAUCAAGGAGCUGCCUGCUUUUUUGAAGGAAUUGAUGAUAUUCACUGGAGGGAAAACGGGACGUUAGUUCUAGUAGCAACCAUAUCAGGAAACACAUUUAACGAAAUGGCCAAGUGGGUAAAGCGGGACAAUGAAACAGGGAUUUAUUACGAGACAUGGACUGUCCAAGCCAGCCCAGCAAGAGGGGCGGAGACAUGGUUUGAAUCCUACGACUGUUCUAAAUUCGUGUUAAGGACAUAUAAGAAGUUGGCUGAACUUGGAGCAGAAUUCAAGAAGAUAGAAACCAACUAUACGAGAAUAUUUCUUUACAGUGGAGAACCUACCUAUUUGGGAAAUGAAACAUCUGUUUUUGGGCCAACAGGAAAUAAGACUCUUGCUUUAGCCAUAAAAAAAUUUUAUUACCCCUUCAAACCACAUUGGUCAACUAAGGAAUUUCUCUUCAGUAUCUUGCAAAUUUUUGAUGCAGUGAUUAUACACAGAGAGUUCUAUUUGUUUUAUAAUUUUGAAUAUUGGUUUUUACCUAUGAAAUUCCCUUUUAUUAAAGUAACUUAUGAAGAAAUCCCUUUACCUAACAGAAACAAAACACUCUCUGGUUUAUAAUAUUUUAAUUCUGCUUUUUCUUUCCUUUUAUCACCAGCAUAUAUGUUUUUCACGGGGUGAUUUUACAUUUGUGGAUUUCUUAGGCCUUUCUACCUUGGACCAGAAAUGCACCUGGGCAGAAUUGCCCCAUACCAUCUCAGGACUAUUUUUGGAGAGAAGCUGAAACUUACUGCAUUGGUCAAAGUGGGCCCAUUAGGUGAUCUUGGUUUCAAACUCCAAGCCUUUCUUAAUAUGAAUUACAGUUCAUAUCAGAUAUAUAGGAUCUUUGGGGACACCCUUUUUUUUUUAAUUGUGGAUAUGGUGUACCAAGAUUUUUUUAAUACCCUCAGUGACAUUUUCAUGAUGGGAGGUACUUUUUUCUGGUACAGUAGUUAUGCAUUUUCAUUUAAGUACUUUUUGGUGGUUUAGACGGACUUCACAGCUUUUGUAACUUUUGGGACCAGGUCUAGUAGUUUGAUUUUGUUCUGUUCACUUAGAGACCAAUCUGGACACCAUAGCUGCAGCACUCGUGCUUCUGGAUGAGGUAAAAACAGUGUUAAAGAGCUCAAGUUUCUAGCUAGCAUUUUAGAAUUAGCCAGCAACUAGCAUUUUGUGAUUUAGGCAGCUUAGCAUUUCUGAACUUUACUGUCCUUAUGUCUAAGAUGAUUCAUCUGUCAGGAUUGUUGUAAAGACUGAAGCCAUGUAUGUUUGUCAUAGGAAAGUUACAGUAAAUGGUCGCUAUAAUGAUGAGUCAAAGAACAAAGUGCCAUCCUUGAUCUGGCCUAAUGUAGUUUAAAUGCCAACCUUUCCUGGGGUUUAUAGUAAUUCCCUAGACUGAGCUGACAGUUGAAUGCUUCUGCAAUUCUUCAAACACAGGGGACACAAGUAUCUGACUGCAGGUGCAUCUGGGUGAACAGGCACCCUCUGACUCCUCUACUCUUCUUGAAUUCCUUCCACCCAGUUGAGGUGCCAACUCAGAAGAGGGUACACUUCUCAGACAGGGGACAGGUUUUUGUCAAGGAUCUCCAAGUAGCUGUGCUUCAAGGUCCUUUAAAUGUUUGGUGAUGUCUAUUCAUGGAAAAAACACCACUCAGUAAGAUGAUGAAGCAGAGACAAUCGGUUAAAUAUGUAAACUGUUACUCAGUUUCUACUAACAUUUGAGUGCCUCUUGAGAGGUUAGUUAUCACUGAGUUCUCCUACAAAGCCCAAACAGAGGCAUUAUUUACCUGACCCAAAUGAGUAAACUGGGGCUUAGGUUAAAUGACCUUUCCCUGGCUACCCAGCUAAUGGUAACCGAGCCACAUUUUGAACCAGUUCUGUUGACUGCAUGGCAAACACUAUCAAGCGAGGUUUCACCGUUACUCAAAUAUGUAGUCCUCAGACCAGUGCCUGCACCACAGGUUACCAACACCAUAGGUUACUGGUCAAGUACAGACACGGAUAGGAAAGAUUCAGAAACUUCUUUUAAAGCAAUUUAUUGGAGUAAUUUUGUUUCUGUUGAAUCUAAUAAAAAAAUUGCUUGUAUUUUGUAUGUCUUUAUUUCAUUUGUCUAGGAAUUAAUUUUUAUUGUCUUUUUUAAAACUAUAGGCACUACACCAGUCUGAAAAUAAAAACCCAGCCCUUCACCACAGAUAACUUAAGCACUGCAUUACUCUGCUUACUGCAGCACAAAGGCAAAGUCUUGCUAAGAUACAUGGGGAGAACUUUGUUUCACUGCCUACCAUUUAGCCUAUGUCCUCAUGUUAAUAGUGCCUAAACUCUCCUAAUUAAUUUUGCCUCUUUAACCUGCUAGUUAUCUUCAGAAGGUCACAAACGUGGAUCUUUGCGUUAUCACCACCUAGUGGCUGAAAUAGGGCAGUGCCAACUUUUACUAGAUAAUUUAGGAAAAUUGAUCUGGAAAACAGAAUUCUGGAUUUUCUAGAACUGCACUGGGGAAACAAGGAAAAACUCUUGUGCCACAUUUGUGUUAACUCUAAAGCACAGAACUUGGUUCUGUAGCAAAGACAAAUGAGGACAUCUGGAUGUGGAACUUGAAUUUUUAUUCAGUAUUUUUCAGUUCCUAAGAAUAUUUUAACAAAUGAAGGAAUUCUGUGAAAAUAAUUGGUAGACUCAGGUGACUAUAGCAUAGAGCAUAAAAAUCACAUUAGUACUUACUUAAGAAUUUAUCAAACUUGUCAACUGUACUUAUGAAGUAGGCCUUUUGGAGUAGAGAUGGAAUGAACAUGCUUUCAAAAUGGUAGUUUAUGGCCAGGCAGGAAUUUGCCAAUUAAAUCUUGCUGCCCUUUGAUCUACUAUAUAACUUAAAUGUGAUUUCUAUUUUUCUGUUAUGAAUGUAUAAAAUUUCCUCUAUUUCUGUGAAAAACCAUUUUGUUGAAGUCUGAUAUAGGGGCUUUAGAAUAAAUAUAUCCUCACUUAUUCUGGCUCAGUAUUCAGUAAGUAUACCCACAAAGUGUCAUCAAAUGUAUUUUAAUACUUAUAGGAAAACAGUCAAAAGAUUAAAAUACAUAUUUGGAACCCUU